GCGUAAACAUUCAACUACGAGAAGCUCUUUCAUGAAUUGAGCCAGCGUUUGCCGUUUGGCCAAUCCGUCCGUCCGAUUGCACUUUCCCCGACACUUGCUUGAUAGAUAAUGUUAGGUAACGCGCCUGCAGCUACAAUAGCGAUACUAUACACCUCGGUGUAGAAAUCUGAUACUGUGGGAGUGCGGCGCACUACUCAAUUUGCCGAAGAGUGAAAACUCAGUGACAUUUCAGCGCUCGCUCUUGCAAGGGUCCUGCCGCACAUGCUGACAUCUAGCAGAAUAGCAUACGUUUAGGCACUUGUGUUGCCUUGUCGCUGCAACGUGGCGACGAUUGGCGAAGUGCGGGCGCCAAAGAUGCUCCGUGGCAGCAUGCUUUCAUCGACACUGAUUUUUAUGAUGUUGGUUACCUGCCGGCUUGUGGUUGCCAACCAAGGCGACGCCAGACUGCCAGAUACAGGCACGUUGGGCGCCUUGGGUGUGCUCCCGCGUGGUCUGCUGCUCGCCGACGACAAGGUGCUGGGCGCUCCUUGCCGUGGCACCCAAGAACUGCUGCAAGUGGUGGCGGCUGUAAAUGCCGUCAUCAACAACGUACCCAAGGUGCUGUCCAAAACCCCACGGGUGCCAACUUCCUUCUCUGCAAACUUUGGUCUCUCCAUGAGCGCGGCGGGGGAUGAUGGCAAGUUCUUCAUCACGGGCGCUACCAACGGCGGCACCUGCUGGAGGAACGACGUCAUCUCUGCCGUCGGCAAAGUCGUGCCCUGGCUAGACAUCAUGGACAACGCGCCCGCCACCGAUGAGCCCGGCUGGCUGUUCCGUGCGUCUGUCACGGUGACCAACACUUCGCUGGACAUGAGCCUUGCAACCGCCAGCCCCUUCACAGUCAUGGGGGCGCUCUCCGACAUGCUGAAGCUCAGCAGCCUGGGCAUAAAGCCUGCCAAGGAGGCCGCGGGCGCAACCACGGUUUUCUCCAUAGCUAUAGCUACGAACCGCACGGACGGUAGCGUUAAAAAGUUUGCGUUCGCGUUGGGCGGCGGUAGUUAUUCCAUUGCUAGCCUGCUCUCCAAGCUGGGUUUGAGCGUGUCGAGUUCGGCCACCGGCAUCACGCUGAGCAACCCCAGCCUGUCUGUGGAGGUGCCCGAAGACCCUCAGCAGGCCGCUAGCAGUGUCACGAUGGGCCUCUCGAUCAGCGGCAUCCCCUUCCUGCCCGGCUCCGCCUUUGACGCCGUGCUGGUGGUGCAGGGCUCCACCCUCAUCUCCAUUGCGAUCACCGGAAAUGUGCGCCUGUUUGACGGCACCUGCACGGCCAACGCCUUUAGCCUCGCCGUGGGCACCGCCGCACGUCAGCUGUCCGCCGCCCUGUCGCUGACCUGCCCAGAUGCCGGCAUCAACGGCGCCACGGCGUCUCUGACCUACGACGCGGGGGCCAUCAACAUCGUGGCUGAGAGCGUGUUCUCAUACCUGGACGGGUCGCUCACACUCAACAAGGUCACAUUCAGCAGCGGCCAGAAUGCCACCUAUAUUGCCGCCUCUGCGAGUGGCGGCAUUGCCAACUACAUCGCCAGCGUCAAUUACAACGUGUCACGCAUCCCGGUGAACGGCAAGCGACCCCUGACUCUGCAGUUCACGCUGCCUGCUGAGGCAAACGUGGGAGCCGUGGUCCGCGCAAUCGGUCCCACGGCAGAUGACCUGCUCCCUGACUUUGUGAAGAACGCUGUCUUGCCCAGCUUCUUCUUCGAAACGUAUACCAUGUCAAGCCUGUACCACGUGACUGUUGGGCCGCAGUCAAGCACCGGCAUCAGCGCUGACUUCGUGUUUGACAAGCAGGGUGUGCUGACCGCGAGCCUGACCAUGGCCCGGUCGCUGGACCUGGGUGCGGCCGUGACCACCGCUUUGCCGGGCGUGACCCUGCCCUUCGAUGUGCGAGGCAUCAUUGUCAUCAGCCAGCCAUAUGUCACCGUGGUGGGCGCCCGGGCCCCACAGCUCGGCGUCGUGUCCGAAGACACCAAGGCCGGCACCAGCAUGGGCUUCGGCCUGCAGGUCCCCGCCAUCCUUGGCAGCACCACCGUCACCGCCAACAUGCUGCUCAUGAACGCCAACAAGACCCGCGUGGGCACCUUUGAGAUUGGGUGGGUUGGCGACUUCACGCCGGUGCAGUACGUGACCCUGCGCGGCGCGCUGCUGCGCAUCCAGUCCGGCAGUGGCGUGACGGUCAUGGCCAACGGCACCCUGGUCUCUGUGGACGUGGCGGUGGUGCUUCAGCUGACCGGCGGCCGGAACUUCACCCUGUCUGCCGAGGCCCGAAACAUCAAGGCAGCCAACAUCCUCAAGACACUCUUUCCUUCCACGCCCGAGCUCAUCCUCACCAUCAUUAGCCCCAUCCAGCUCGAGUACAUUUCGUUCACCUGGAACGGCCGGUUCAGCUGCGAGGCGAGCCCCAACCUUUCGAGCGUGCCGGGCCUCAGUGACCUGCUCAAGUUCCUGAGCUUCAAGCAGGAGGACAUUAAGCUACGGCCCAAGCUGCUGGGCAACCUGGAAAUUGAGCUGGCCAUCGUGAAAUCCUGGGAGCUCAACCUGGGCACCCCGUUCGUGGGCAAGCCCCUUCUUGCCUUCGCGCUGGCCGUGUCCCAGUCAGACGCCAACAUCCAGUUUGCGGCCUCGGCGGACUUCAGUGCACAGAUGCGCCUUCCGUUCCUUGACCCGGAGGUCAUCUGGUUCAGCCUUGGCGCCACGGCUGCGUACGACAGCCUGGCACCGCCGCCCAGCGUGUCCUUUACCCUUCGUGCCUCUGUGUCCGCCACCACCAAUCCGUUCCAAGUCAUUGGUUUCCCCUGGAUCAAGAUCGCGUACAUUGGGGGCGAGAUCGGCCUGACGCCCUUGACUUCGCUCCCCUUCGUAUCACUGUACAAGAUUUCCUUUGAGGCCAAGGGCAUCGUGCUCAACACCACGAUCGACGUGGCAAUGCUGUGGGACCAGCCCAAGGCGGACUUCGCCAUCUUGUUCUCCAUCACAAACUUCAACCUCCAGAGCAUGCUCAACCAAAUGAGCAUCCCCGCAACGCUAGGCCCGUUCAACGUGGAUGUUCGGAAUGCGGCCUUCUCGUUCGCGCGCCAAAGUGUCAUUAUGCCCUCGGGCACCGUCAUCCCCGCAGGCCUUAACAUUGCGGCGGACAUGACAUUCCUGACCAUCUCGUUCCAGUUUAGUUUGAACAUUGACACCACCGGCUUUGAGCUCUACGCUGAAGUCAAGGACGUCACGAAGUCUCCUGUCAUCAUUCAAGCCUUCAAGACCGCUCAAGACAUUCUUGACACGCUCAACAUCAACGUCAAGAUUCAAAACCAGGUCCGGAUCGAUCUGGUCCGAAUUGGCAUGGCCCUCAAGACCACCAAGGUUAACUUCCGGUUUGGCAUCAAGGCUUACCUAUUUGGAAUUACACUGGAUUUCGACAUCAACCUGGACCCGUCAAACGCGCCGUACGAGCAAGUGUUCAAGACCCUCGCCAACAAGUUCGUGGAGCCUCUCACAGCGGCUUGCACCAAGGACUCGUACAUCCGCGGCUCCGGCUUUGUGGACCGCUGCCCCGCCGGCCGCGAAAAGCAAGGCAGCUUCUGCUACAACAACUGCCCCACAGACUGGCAGUACGGAUCGUACGGCAAGGCCAACAUCUGCUACCAGAACUGCCCCCCCAAUUAUCGCGACGAUGGCAUCGACGGCACCGGCCUCACCUGCAGCACUGUCAUGUGCAACCCCGGCCAGACAUGGGACGGAGCUCUGCUCUGCUGGAAUGCAUGCAACUCCGGGUACUCGUACAAGGCCACCCGCUGCUACAAGGACUGCCCCGACGGCUGGAAUGACGAUGCCGUGGGCCUCAGCUGCGUGCGCAACAGCUGUGGUGGUGAUGACGACAACGGCGCCGGCAUGUGCUACCCCAACUGCCGGGAUGGCUACAAAUCAAACGGUCUGACCAUGUGCAUUCAACGGGACUGCCCUUCUGGCUACCGCAAUGACCCUCUCUCGUGCUGGCGUGACGCGGACAUCAACGGAAAGGGGUGCUGCUGCGUCAACAUCUUCGGCCAUAAGCGCUGCUGCGGCUGCGGAAGCGGCUACCACGAUGACGGCUGCACGUGCCGCCGCAACGCCGACCUGAAGUGGAAGGACACGUACGACCGUGGCGUGGGUUACCCCAAAUACCGCACCUACAUCAAGGACAGCUACCUCAACUCCGCUGUCAGUGCCGUGCGCUCCUUCUCCAAGAGGACCCAGUGGCGCGAUGCCUACCCGAUGGUGUGUGCGCCCGACAAGGAGUACGACGGUGCGGCGCUGUGCUACGACAAGUGCCAGGCCGGCUACAACGGCGUUGCUUUCGUUUGCUGGGGAGGUUGCCCCUCCGGCAAGGGCCUCAUUGACUGCGGCACCUACUGCGCGCCGGCGGCCGCUGGCUCGUGUGCCAACUUCGCUGGCGCCACGUACCAGAACUGCAAGAACAAGUACCCGACUCGCCGCAUGGUCCUGGACAUGAUGCUCUCUGGCAACUACACCCAGGAACAAAUCCAGGCGGCGGCGGCCGGCGACACCACCGUCUUCAAGGGCUCCGCCUGGGAUCCCAAGUCCGUGGAGAUCGUUGACUACACCCACGGUCUGGUGGCCAGCAGCGAGGUGAAGGAGGACGCGACUGCAGGCGUUUCGAGCUUGCCCACCGCACGCAUGCUUCAGGCGGCGGCUGGCAGCAGCUGCAAGAAGACUGACACCACACCCGAGUGCUGGUGCGUGGGCAAGGCGUACGGCAUCUACGCCGACCCGGCUGGCAGGAAGAGCCGCUACCUCAUCUGCGCCGGCGACACUGGCCUUCUGCAGACCUGCCCCGGCACCAACGUCUUCAGUCCCGGUCUCAAGCUGUGUGUCUCUCCUAGCGAAGCGGCAGCGCCGUCGCCUCCGCCCGCCGACCCCAACCAGAAGCCGCCGCUCCCGGCCAAGAACUGCACGGGCCGUGAUGAUGGCAUCUACUUCCAGGACUCACGCGACAACACCACCGCCUACAAGUGCGACAGCGGCCAGCUCAUUCUGGACUUCUGCCCCGACGACUAUGUUACCGAUGAGACCACCGGCGAUUGCAAGAUCCCCGAUUACAAGCCACCCGGCCAGCUGGCGCCUUGCCAAGACCCCGACUGCUUCUGUUCCGACAAGAAGAAGGGCAACUAUACGGAUGUCCUCAGGGGCAACAUCAAGCGCUACAUCAACUGCCGCGGCAACAAGGGCCGCUGGCGCAAGUGUGAUAAGGGUGACGUGUAUGACACCGCAACCCGUCAGUGCGGCUUCAUGCCGUCGAACGCCACCCUGCCCAUCAAGGGAUGCAAGGACGUGGAGUGCUUCUGCGUGGGCCGCGCGGACGGCGUGUACGUCAACCCCUGGAGCAAUCAGACCGGUAUUUCGUGCAACUUUGGGGUGCACUUUGAGAUCCCUUGCUCGGAUGGCUUUGACUUUGUCAUUACUAAGCAGCCGUACUGCCAGCCCCAGGAUUCUCUGGGUGCGCCAGAGUUUCCCCCGGGCGUGUCAUCGUAUCCCCCAGUGCCCCCGGAUGCCCCGGAUGCUGGGGGCAGGCGCCGUAACCGCCGCCGUGGCGAGUAGAUGCAUGCAUGCUGAAAACUGUGGAUAGAGUCCCUGUGCAUGCAAGCGCGCAUCUUCUUCACAUACGUGCAUUUGCUGGUUUGUGAUCCUUUUGCCGGCCUGAAAGCCGACGACCUUUUACACGUUUACCUUUAUUGUCUUCAUUAAUACAGCACAGCAUGUGCACAAUGAUCAUGUUCAUUACGUUACUCAUGGUUACGGUGUGUGGGCACACGUUGGCUUCAUUGGGUGCGUGCCGCGUUGGACGGAAGGAUUCCAUACGUAGUUUCACGUGGCCUGUGAUGGAUGGCCCGUUGCUUGAUCUUCUUAAAUGCAGUGGAGCUGAUGUUGAGGCUCCACCCAGGGCCGUUUUACGCACACGCAUAUGUGCCUCACAACACAGCUGCAUCAAAGCGAAGUCCCCCUGUCCCGGUAACGGUAUGGCGUGUACGUCAGCUUAUUUAUCGUUGGGAAGGGUUGUUCAUCUGCACGAUGGAAACCUCUCCUUUUGCUCUGGUUAUUCUCCCAAGUGCCUUUAUGGCUGGUUCGCAUACUAUGAGAUUGCUUAAGUUCUAGAACACAGAAGCUGGGCACACGUUGCCUGCGUGAACUUUUGAACAACCGCUACAUCCGAGACGAUGUCUGCUGGUGCGUGGGCCAUGCAUGUCCUAGGCGGCGGCCGCCCUUUGCUUCGUAGUCCGGUAGGACGGUUGCAGGCCUGGGAGAAGUCGGUAGUUUACUGAGUCCAUUCGCAUUACUUCCUGGCGGGACCAAGUAAAAUAAAUAAAUGAUUACGCCUUUCCAUCAGUUCGGGCGUGGAUAAAGGGAUUAAGGGAGCCUCCGUGCAUGCUAUUGUUGCGGCGGCGCCGAAGCAGGAGGGGGCCCAUACUGUAACGCACGCCAGCC